UACACGAUGAACAAUUUCAUAACGUCCAAGAGGGUAUCAAGACUGCAGGAAAAUGGGGCUGGGGUGGAUGCAGGAAACUUUACAGUGGGGAUGGAGAGCAGUGGUCAAUUCCAAAAAAAGACUCAAAAUAACAACACUUUUCGUUUCCAUCCACUUGUAGAAAAUAAAACAGCAUCCUUUCUUGGAAUGGCCAGCAGUAACCUUGUUUCAAGGUCAACAUGCUUCCAGGAGAGUCAAAGAGACGAAGACUGUCACAGAAAACGCACCAACAAAACCACCUGUUAUGUUCUAGAUGAGGACUUUACUCCCAGAUUAAGUGAACUUCCUCACCCAAGUGAACUGUUUGGUCAUAAAAAACCUACGGUGCAUUUAAAAAAGAAGAGAACCCAAAAGCUUACAGCUGUAGAGACACAUACUCUUGAACUCCACAGAAAAAUUGCAAAAAUAGAAUCACAAUCAACAUCUGGGUCUGUUUAUGAUGGCGUCCAAAAUCAACGAAAAAUAAUGCAGCAGGACUUUCCUUCUGAACAGCAUGAUGAAGAUAAGACUGUAAGCCCUGACCUGGAUCAGCCACAUGUGGCAUUUUCCUUUAAAUUUAAAAGAGGGAAAGAAGAAUGAGAGAAUUUCAAAUAUAUAAGAUGCAAUAGGAACUUUGUAC